UUUGAGGUGCUUGCAGUAGCAGCACCGCCUGCAAAUUUCGGCGAUUCCUCCCCGAGCGAACGGAGGCGAUCCUCGACACAGCGAUCCUCCCUCUCCUCUCUCCCUCCUCCCUCCACCCAUAUAAACUUCCUCGACUCCGAAUCUUCGUUGUCCCCAUUCUCUAUCGAACCGCUCCUUCUUCCGUGCGAUGGAGUUCUAGGGUUUCUGAGCGAGGAGGGCGGAAACCCUAGCUUGUCGUUCGUUGCCCGGUGGUGGUCUAGGGUUUCUCCCCCGUUUACUGAGGUGGGUUCUGCAGCGGGUCAGUGGGGAUGAGUAGCUUGGUUGAGAGGCUGCGGGUGAGGUCCGAGAAGCGGCCUCUAUACAAUCUCGAUGAUUCUGACGACGACGACUUCGUUGUCGGUAAGGGCUCGAAGAGCAAGCAGGAGGAGAAGCCGGCGGAGAAGAUAGAGAGGGACGACGCGAAAGAAGACUCAUGUCAAAUGUGUGGAACUAGUGGGAGCCUCAUUCCCUGUGCUACGUGUACUUAUGCUUUUCAUAAGAGAUGCUUGUACCCUACUUCCAAAGCAGUUUUAGGUGAUAAAUGGAGCUGCCCUGAGUGUGUGAGCCCUCUGACAGAAAUUGAGAAGAUCUUAGAUUGUGAAAUGCGCCCUACGGUAGUAGAUGAGAAUGAUUCGUCAAAGUCUAGCUCAAAUCAGUCAUAUGCCAAACAAUAUCUUGUUAAAUGGAAGGGAUUUUCCUACCUUCAUUGUAUUUGGGUUCCUGAGAAAGAAUUUCUAAGAGCUUCAAAGACUCAUCCUCGAUUGAAGAGUAGAUUGAAUAAUUUCCACAAACAACUGGAAUCAAUGAAAAACUCAGAUGAUGAUUGGGUUGCUAUUCGACCUGAAUGGACCACCGUUGACAGAAUUAUCUCUAGCAGAAAAACAGAUGAUGAGCGUGAGUUUUUAGUAAAAUGGAAAGACCUUUCUUAUGAUGAAUGUACAUGGGAGGUAGAGACAGACAUUUCUACCUUCAGGCCUGAGAUCGAACGUUAUGAAAUGAUUCUAUCCAGACGUUCUAAAAAAUUCAGCAAUAAAAGUAGGAAUGCCAUUCGUGAUUCAAAGGAGUUGAAGCAAAAACACAAAGAGUUUCAACAUUGUGACUGCAGUCCAGAAUUUAUUUCAGGUACAUUGCAUGCAUAUCAGCUUGAAGGAUUAAAUUUCCUGCGCUUUUCAUGGUCCAAAAAUACACAUGUAAUUCUUGCUGAUGAGAUGGGUCUUGGAAAAACAAUACAGAGUAUUGCUUUUCUGGCUUCUUUGUUUGAAGAGAACAUUUCUCCUCAUUUAGUCGUGGCACCAUUAUCAACUUUGCGCAACUGGGAACGUGAGUUUGCAACUUGGGCUCCACAAAUGAAUGUUGUAAUGUAUGGUGGAUCUUCCCAGGCUCGUGAUGUUAUAAAGCAGUAUGAAUUUUACUACCCCAAAGAAAAGGUUAAGAAACAAAAAAAGAGGAAACCAAUUCAGACUAGCAACCAAAAGAAACAAUCAAUAAUAAAGUUCAAUGUACUUUUAACGUCAUAUGAAAUGAUAAACAUGGAUUCUGCAGUUCUGAAGUCAAUAGAAUGGGAGAGCAUGAUUGUAGAUGAGGGCCAUAGAUUGAAGAACAAGGACUCCAAAUUAUUUCAUCAACUCAAGCUCUACUCAACAAAGCACCGUGUGCUUUUAACUGGAACCCCUCUUCAGAACAACCUGGAUGAGCUCUUCAUGCUUAUGCACUUCCUUGAUGCUGGAAAGUUUGCAAGUAUAGAGGAUUUCCAGAAGGAGUUCAAGGAUAUCAACCAGGAAGAGCAAAUUGAUAGGCUUCACAAAAUGCUGGCUCCACACUUGUUGCGAAGAGUCAAGAAAGAUGUCAUGAAGGAUCUUCCGCCUAAAAAGGAAUUAAUUUUAAGGGUUGAAUUAAGCAGUAAACAAAAAGAAUAUUAUAAAGCCAUCCUUACUCGUAACUACCAAAUACUUGCUCGUCGUGGUGGUGCACAGAUAUCACUUAUCAAUGUUGUUAUGGAGCUUCGUAAGCUCUGUUGUCAUGCAUAUAUGCUAGAAGGUGUAGAACCUGCUACUGAGCCAACAGAUCCUGUUGAAGGUUUGAGACAACUUUUAGAUGCUUCUGGGAAAAUGCAGUUGUUGGAUAAAAUGAUGGUGAAGCUUAAGGAACAAGGCCACAGGGUUCUUAUAUAUUCACAGUUUCAACACAUGCUAGACUUGUUGGAAGAUUACUUGAGCUACAAGAAAUGGACAUAUGAACGUAUUGAUGGCAAAGUCAGCGGAGCUGAGAGACAGAUCCGUAUAGAUCGUUUCAACGCUAAGAACUCCACCAAAUUUUGUUUCCUUCUUUCCACUAGAGCUGGUGGAUUGGGCAUAAACCUUGCAACUGCUGAUACUGUUUUCAUAUAUGAUAGUGAUUGGAAUCCGCAUGCAGAUCUACAAGCAAUGGCAAGGGCUCAUAGAUUAGGCCAGACUAAUAAGGUUAUGAUAUAUAGGCUAAUUACUCGGGGAACAAUUGAAGAACGGAUGAUGCAGAUGACAAAAAAGAAGAUGAUACUAGAGCAUCUUGUUGUUGGCCGACUCAAGGCACAAAAUGUUAAUCAGGAAGAGUUGGAUGACAUAAUAAGAUAUGGUUCAAAGGAGUUAUUUGUUGAUGAAAGUGAUGAAGCUAAAUCUCGUCAAAUACAUUAUGAUGACUCUGCAAUUGACAGAUUGCUCAAUCGUGAUCAUAUUAGUGGCGAAGAAUCUUCAGUUGACGAAGAGGAGGAUGACUUCCUGAAAGCAUUUAAGGUUGCAAAUUUUGAGUACAUAGAUGAAGUUGAAGCUGCAGCUGCUGAAGAAGAAGAAUCGAAGAAACAAUUACCCAAUGAAAAAGCUUCUAAUUCUAACACCGAUAGGGCAAACUACUGGGAUGAAUUACUGAAAGACAGAUAUGAAGUUCAGCAAAUUGAAGAGUUUACCUCCAUGGGCAAGGGAAAACGCAGUCGCAAACAGAUGGCAUCUGCUGAGGAAGAUAUUGCUGGUUUGCGGGAUGUAACCUCUGAAGAUGAGGAUUACAGUUAUGAAGAUGACUUGACAGACACUGAAGCUAGCAUACCUGGAAGUGUGUCUGGCAGAAGGGGUCAGUUCUCAAAGAGGAAAACACGUGGUUAUUUAGAGCCAAUUCCUCUAAUGGAGGGGGAGGGGAAGUCUUUUAGGGUUCUUGGAUUCAAUCAAAACCAGAGGUCUUUAUUCCAGCAAUUAGUCAUGAGGUUUGGCUUUCAUGAUUAUUCAUGGAAGGAAUAUCUUCCUCGACUAAAAGGGAAAAGUUGGCAGGAAGUUCAAGACUAUGCCGAACUCUUCAUGAGACAUCUUCAAGAGGAUAUAACAGACUUGCCGAACUUUUCAGAUGGUGUGCCAAAAGAAGGAGCACGUGUUGAUGAUAUACUGGUUAGAAUUGCACAUAUUCAGUUGAUAGAGGAGAAGAUGAAAUUUAUGCGGGAGAAUCCUGGAGCUAACCUUUUUCCAGAAGAUGUAUUGCUACAUUUUCCUGGCCUGGCUGGGAGAUUCUGGAAGGAAGAACAUGAUUUGUUAUUGCUAAAAGCUAAGUUGAAGCAUGGGUAUGCAAGAUGGCAGUAUAUUAUAGAAGAUGAAGAAGCAGGGAUUAUUGAUAUUGUUCGUAGGGAGUUAAACCUUCCUACCAGAUCAUUUUCAGGAAGUGUGCAAACAAAUGAGAGUGCCAAUUCAGCACAACCUGCAAAUACUGCUCACAAUGCCAAUGGAAGCACAGAAGCUGCAAAAGCAGGAUACAACUCAUAUCAGUCAAGAGAAUUACAGAGAAGGCUGGUUGAGUCUAUAAGGAAAAGAUAUUUUCUUUUGGAGAAAGCCCUGGAAUUGGAAUGCUAUAAGAAAAAAUAUGCAAGUGAGCAGGCAACUCAAGAUCCACAAGUUGAUCCAAAGGUUUCAGAAGUGAAUAAUUCAGAGCUAUUGGAUGUUGAUGAAUUGUUGCGACAAAUGCCUCAGUUGGAGCAUAUAUGUCCAGAAGAACUUGCCUGUGACAACAAAGAUGGGCGUACCGAAUUGGGGCGCCUCUAUAAUGAAAUGUGCAUGGUAGUAGAAGAAAAUGCUGUUGACACAAUGCAGGCGCAUUUGGAUGAUGCAUCAGCUAUCUCUAGGUUAAAGAAGAGACUCCAUCAGCUAGAAAUCAUCCACGAGGAUGUACAUCAAAUUCUUGCAGAGCGAGGUCAACCUUCAGCUACUGAAGGAUCAAAUGUAAAUGCAGCGGAUACCAAAUGUUACAUAAAUAGGGAGUCGUCAGAAGCGGUUCUCACAUCGCAACAGGAGCCAGAGUGCAAGAUUGCUUCAUCAAACGAGAAAACGGCAUUGGAACGUCCGGAACAAGCAAAGAUAAAUCACCUGAAAGGGUGAUUGUCGUCGAUGAUUAACAGAACUUAGUUCAAUUAAUUGCACAGCCGAAGGUUAAUUAAAAGCUUCAUGGUGAUACAUCCUUUUGAUCGUUAUUGUUCCUAGUGCCUGGAUAGGCUUUCCUGCCUUGGGAGUAUUUUUAAGACAGCAACUUUGUUCACUUGGUAAUGGUAGACAUGGAUGGCGAGGAGAUAUUUGGUAUCGUCCAAAUAUACCAUGAACUUUGUGAGGUGUCUUGUGCGAUGCAGUCAGUUGUAACAUCCCUUUAUAGGCCAAGAAUCCCAUUUUUCAAUCCCAUGCUAUGGUAAUCGACUUUUAGUUCCCCGCUCUUUGAUGCGGUCAUGUAUUCCAAGUAUGUGCAAUUUCCCCUUUACCAUGAUCUCCGAUGCAUGAAACCUACCUACCGAAUGAGGUUGGUCUGACCUUUUAUUGCAAGGAUCAAUGCUUUUCAGCAAUGCACUGCUGCUUUUAUCUGCUAUCAA